AUGGAGGCCGCAAAUUACCGCUCACGACGCAGGCUAGUGGGCCAGCCCCUACUUUACGCUAUUUCCGUCUUCGCUAGCCUGGGCGUUUUCCUUUUCGGAUAUGAUCAAGGUGUCAUGUCCGGAGUAAUUACAGGACCGCACUUUCGGAAAUUCUUCAAUAGUCCGGGCGCGAUUGAGGUUGGGACUAUGGUGGCUGUUCUAGAGAUUGGUGCCUUCAUCACAUCCGUUGCUGCCGGGAGAGUGGGCGAUUUACUUGGUCGCAGAGGGACACUCUUUGUUGGUGCCAUUAUUUUUGCUGUCGGCGGUGCCAUCCAGACCUUCACACCCGGAUUUUGGGUGAUGGUAAUGGGUCGGAUUGUUGCCGGUUUUGGCGUUGGGCUGCUAUCAACCAUCGUCCCUAUAUAUCAGAGUGAAAUCUCCCCACCCGAUCAUAGAGGCGCUCUUGCGUGCAUGGAGUUCACCGGGAAUAUCGUCGGCUAUGCGUCCUCAGUGUGGAUAGAUUACUUCUGUUCAUUCAUCGAUUCUGACCUUUCUUGGCGAAUACCUCUCUUUAUACAAUGCGUAAUCGGGGCCAUCCUGGCAGGUGGUUCCCUCCUCAUGCCCGAGAGUCCACGGUGGCUUAUUGACACAGACAAAGACACUGAAGGCUUGCAGGUUUUAGUCGACUUGCACGGCGGUGAUCCGGACAAUGAAAUUGCGAAUGCCGAAUUCGAAGAAAUCAAAGAGAGGGUUGUACUUGAGCGUGAGAGUGGAGAGGGCCGUUCGUACGCCGUGAUGUGGCAAAGGUACAAACGUCGAGUCUUGCUUGCGAUGUCCUCUCAGGCAUUUGCUCAACUUAAUGGAAUAAAUGUAAUUUCGUACUAUGCUCCUCGAGUAUUUGAAGAGGCUGGGUGGCUUGGUCGUGAUGCCAUUUUAAUGACAGGCAUAAACGCGAUAAUUUACGUUUUAAGUACAGUGCCGACAUGGUAUCUGGUGGACCGAUUGGGCCGGCGCCCAAUCCUGUUAUCCGGCGCAGUGGUGAUGGCAUUUGCUUUGGGCCUCACAGGUUGGUGGAUGUACAUCGACGUUCCUGAAACACCUAAGGCAGUUGUUGUCUGUGUGAUUAUUUUCAACGCUGCAUUCGGCUUUAGUUGGGGCCCAAUCCCGUGGCUUUUCCCUCCAGAGAUCUUGCCCCUUACUGUUCGCGCCAAAGGUGUCUCAAUAUCAACAGCAACGAACUGGGCUUUCAACUUCUUAGUUGGAGAAAUUACUCCGUUUUUGCAAGAACAUAUUGAAUGGCGGCUAUACCCAAUGCAUGGAUUCUUCUGUGUUUGUAGCUUUGUCGUUGUGUACUUCCUGUAUCCUGAGACUAGAGGAGUGCCGUUGGAGGAAAUGGAUGCUGUAUUUGGUGAAGAUGAACUUGAGGAGCGACUGGAAAACGAAGAAUCCGAGCGGGCAUCUCUUGUGUCUAGACGCUCGUCGCGCAGCAGACGGUCCGGCGUAUCGAGGUCGAAGCCCUCUUCGCAAGGACCAGGUGUACUGGGCAGGUUGCUCGGCCGAUCAGAACGUUCGAGCUACCAGCCCAUACAAGAUGCUGACGAAUAG